AUGUUCCCCAACGGUGAGGUUGAUCCUUGGAGUACAUGCAGUGUGCUGCAAGCUCCCAGCCCGGAUUUGCCUGUACUGUACGUGUAUGGUGCUUCUCACCAUGCCUGGACGUGGCCAAGCCGGAGUGGGGAUCAGGAGAGUGUCAUGGCUGCUCGGAGCAAAAUCAGGCGUCAGGCGAGAGUUGUCGUUGUGCUUGAAUGA